AUGCCUGCAGUGCCCACACUCGUGCUUGAAAACCUCUCCUCCUUCUUACAGAGCUGUUGUGAGAACACACAACCGGCUCACCAGCAGCCUCCGAGUCAUUCCCAUUACCAUCACUCAAUACCCUCAAAGCCACCAAUUGAAUGGGUCUAUUCACAGCAUAAUUUCUCUUCUGGUCGGUCUCCUGAACUCCUACGAAUGAAAGCGAAGGAGCUGAUUCAGCAGGAGAAAUGCGAUGCGAACUUCACCUAUUGUGUUGACCAGCCGUCAAGAUUAGUCCGCAUCGAGUGUCUCAAAGCGGGAUGCAAAUGUGUUCUCAAGCAAGAGCCUGCUUUGGCGUUGAAAAUCGUCUGCGGAGUGAGUCUGGUGCGGGGCAGCUGGUCAAGUCUUCAACAGCAAAAUUCGCACGGUUCUCAUCACCCUCCAAAAUGGGGAUCGAUCUCGUCCGCGUUCGAGCGUCUCCAGUCAAACCGUUUUUCCAAUUCAUGCCAGUCCCCGCAGUGUCAAACGCCCCUAGACCAGCCUCUUGUUCCCAGCAGCAACAAUAACAGUUUCAACGACCAAAUUCCUCUUAUCUUUACCUCUUGUUCGCCUUUCUGGUUCGAAAUUUUGAAGCAGUGUGACGAUGCCUUCCAGGGACCAGAUGUACCCUGCUGGAAUUCUGGGAAGGCAGUGUGGAAGUCUCGGCCGUCGAUGUUUCUCCUCCGGAAGCAGACUAAGUGCAUCCUCUCUGUGUCUUCGAAUGGUUCUCGGGGUCCUGUGACUUUGGAUUUAGACAAUGUGGUCCAUCUCCAUCCGGGCACUGUCCUACGACUAAUUGACUGCAAGAGCUGUCGACUAGUAUCGAAAAAUAAUCCCCAGUGUCCGCCCAUGUCCUCUCUCCUUCAAUGCGAGGUUGUUGGGAGCAAGUCUUUGGCGAAGUACGCCUCUUUGGCCAACAAUCUUCCUCCGGAUGAUGCGCUUUACUGGUUUGCCAGUGGGCCUCGUCUUGUUUACCUCCCCUUGGAUGAUAAAACGGUGUCUUUUUAUCCCAUCGCAACAGCUCCGCCUAACUCGCGUGAGAAUAAGAACGCUGGGUGGGCCUACUCCGGCGCCCAUUCAGUUCUCGACCUCCUCUCCCACUUUCCUCUCCCUCUCACCGUUCGUCCCGUUAUGGAACACAGUCUAGCCAACUGGCUAACCUCCUCCUCCCCUUGCAUCAGGGAUGGUAAUGCUGGCCUCCAUCUGACCUCCUGUUAUCAUGGUGAUCUUGUCUUUCUUGAACCAAUCGCUGAUUGCGGCCCCGCAGCCGUAGCUAACAACAACAGUGUAGGUACAGCUGGUGGGAGUUCGCGUUUUUUCGUAGUUACUGCGGAGAUGCUUUCACAGCACCGUUUUAUCCUCGCGACGCCGCAGUCCUCCCAGUUCCACGCUAGAGAACUGAAAACCCAUGCUUCGAGAGUGGCGCACUUUCUGGCAGCUUUUCAUCCGGCCUGUGGACUGAACUAUCUCCUCAAGUACCUGGAGGAUGUAACUCAUUGCUCCUCGGUUGGGCCUCCUCAUCGCCCGCUGACAGAGACUCUUGGGCCCUUGGGUGGUGAAGGUACGGUGGCUUCGCAUACCGCGGUGGCCAGCAUUGCUGCUUCGAUGCUGCUUUACCUUGACACCGAUGAUAGAGAAAAGUUUCCUGAUCUGCACGCUCUUUACGACGACCUUGAUGAUAUCUACCAGUACGUCCGAACAGGUCGUCUGCCCUUGAAGCAAAGGGGAGUAAAUCCAUCGUCAGGAGUACUUCGAAGCUGCUCCGCUACUCCAGGACCGGGUCCACGGACGAGAGCUCGUCAGGACUACACCAUUCCCUACGUUUUUUUCCCUGAAUCCAGUUUUCACUCCAACAACACUCCCUCUCUGCAGCAGCAACAGCAGCCCCCUCCACCACCUAGGCGGAACAUGGUUACCCCUACACAUGCCUACGCGUACCCCAAUGCCGGGAAAUACGUACUGAAGUCAGACAUCCCAUCACCACUACCGUUUGCAUCCCCUAGUAGACGACAGGCCUAUGUUGACUGCGCACGACUCCGGUCAAUGGAGCAACCCUUUUGUGGUCAACCGCCUCCUUCCUAUUCCAUUCUUAAUUUUGCGGCGGUGAAUGAGCGAACAAACAGCUCGCCUGAUACAGGUUUGGGCGGAGAUAGUGGUCAGAGUGGACAGAGUUUAGUUGUUCCCACAGCGUCCACAUCCAUAGUGCGGUCCUCGUGUCACCAACUCAUUAAUUUUUGCGAAAGCGGAGUGAGCAAUGAGGGCGAGGUUGCUAUGUCAAUGAAAUCUCCCCAGCUUAUUUACCCUAACCUGCGUCGAUUGACGGUGAAUCUGAACAAGCGCAUCCUCUAA